AUGGAUCAGUGGUUAAAGAAAUCUUCUACUAAAAAAUUGGUUUUUAACUAUGCUGAAAAUGAAGAAGAGGGAUAUAGUACUGAAAAUGAAAAGAAAAAGCAAAAGAUAAAGAUGAAGUCUGUUAAAGGAGUAAAAAAAACAUUUAAAAAAAAGUUCAUGCAUGAUUGGCUUAAGCUACCAGAGUUUAAAGAAUGGUUGUUGAAGGGAAACAGCGAUGAUAAUGCAAUUUGUAAGGUAUGUAAUGUAGUAAUGAAGGCGGGAAAAUCUGAAUUAAAAAAACAUAGUGCUGGAAAAAUACACACAAAAAAUAUGUCUAACAUAAGUCAACCCAGUAUUUCAACAUUUGUUUCCGAAAAUACAAAGUUAAAAAAUACAGAAGCUGCAAUUUGUUCUUAUAUUGUCGAAAACAAUCUUCCUAUUUCUUCUGUUGAACCGUUGAUUGAAUUGAUUAAAUCCUUACCGGAAAAAUCAAUCAUAUCUGAAAUCUCUCUGGGCAAACAAAAGGCUACUAUUGUAAUUAGGAACGGUUUGCGACCAUUUUUUAAUCAAGAACUUGUCAGUGAACUAAAGCAGCAUUUGUAUUCUAUUUAUAUUGACGAAACAACUGAUGUUAGCGUUAAAAAGCAAUUAGCAAUACUGGUCAGCUACUGCCACAAUUUUGAAACGAAAGUAGAUGUGAUUGACGUAGUUGAUUGCCCAGACGGGACGGCUAUCGCUUUGUACACACAAUUAUUAAACAUACUAAAAGAAAACAAUAUACCUCUUCAAAACUGGAUAGGUUUUUGCGCUGACACGACUUCAGUUAUGAUGGGGCCACAUAACUCUGUAUCUCAACUUAUCAAAGCACAUUAUCCGCAACUCAGUAACUCGCUAGAAGAUUUGUGCCGCAACGUUUACAAUCACUUUGGGAGGAGCCCUAAAAAUACUGCUGCUUUCAAAGAGUUUCAAGCCUUCUAUGAAGUCAAACCUCAUAAAAUGUUGAGGGCUUGCCAAACCAGGUGGUUGUCCCUUCAAGCAUGCGUGGGAAGAAUUUUAGAACAGUGGGAUUCACUUACACAUUACUGGAGAUUAUUAAACUUCGAAGAUCCAACACAUGCGAACUGCCACACUCUACAAACUUUGGAAAACCCUUUGAUUAAAUGCCAAAUGCAUUUUGUAAACUACAGUCUUGGACUAUUUAAUGAUUUUAAUUGCAUGUUUCAAGCUGACUAUCCCCAAUUCUCAGAACUUAAGACGCAAAUUGAGGAAUUAAUCAAGACUUUGGCGUUAAAUUUUAUGAAUAGAAAUUACGUGAAACGAACCCCUGCUAGCCAAAUAAAUCCUCAUCAAACAGAAGAACACCUUGAUUUAAAACAUGUUUAUUUGGGUGUGGAUGCAACUAAUUUAUUAUCUGAGGUGGAAAAUAAGAAAUCGGCUGAAGUUCAAAAAAUUUUAGAGUCAGCAAAAAUGUUUUACAUUGAGUCAAUCGCACAGAUUAACAAACGAUUUGUGUUUGAAGAUGUACAUAAUGAUUCAUCUUUUUUGAAUCCUAAAAAUGCUAAUGAUUUAACGCCUGCAUCACUAUACGCAAUUGCUAAAAAAUACAUACCUUCCCACAUUAAUGUAGACUUCACAGAACUGGAUAAGGAAUGGAGAAAUCAAAGUCUCCUUUCAGAUAUGGAUGCUAAUGAUUCCACCGAUACUGUACUUUACUGGAAAAAUAUAUUCGAAAAAAAGAAUUUUGAGGGUGGACGCAAAUUCGUACACCUCCCAAUAUUGGUUAACUAUUUCAUGUCACUACCUUUUUCAAAUGCAGCAGUAGAACGGCUGUUUAGUGCUGUUAAGAAUAUUAAAACUGAUAAACGAAACAGACUUGAAAAUGAAACUUUGAGCUCGAUUCUUUGCGUAAAAUAUGGUUUACGACGAACAGGAAAAACCUCGGUACAAUUAAUGAAAAACCAAUUUGAAGUACCUCAUUUGAAAUUUGUGCAAGCUAGUGCCACAGCCAGUCAAGCAAAAAAGAUACGAUGA